AUGGCAAGCGGAGCCCGGCCCUCGAGCAACCAACGCGAUGAGAGUGCUACAUCAUCGGGCAAGAAGACGCGUACAUCGCGCGGCCACGACCACUGCAACGAGUUUGUGAGUUUUUUUAUUUAAAAAACUAUUAUAACUUUUGAAAAAAAAAAUUUAUUUUUAAAAUUUUCUUUAAUGUUCAUAGUUUUAUCAUUACCUAAAUGUCAGUGACGAUCAUUCCUAAUUCUUAUCAACGAAAGUAUUUUUAGCCAUAAAACCCUUUUUGCCUUUUGGGUAGUUGGUCUUUGUCAAAUGCGUUUUCAAGGUCAAAUCUAUUUUGUUCAAUGCUACUGUCAACUGUUACAUCAAUACGCAACUUUUAUGCCUAUUUAUUUAAGCGCUUUACGUCAACUUUAACAUUCACGGCAAUUUUGGGACUGAGAACUUGCUUUUAUACCUUAAAAUAAAAACUUUUGGCAUUUUAAAAUUAAUUUUUCGUUUUUUGAAGGGAUGACAUUUUAGACAAAAAUGGUAUUUUAGCUUUUACGCCUUAAAAUUUAAAAUUUUGAGUUUAAAAUUUAACCUUUUUGCUUAAACAGUGCUUUUUUGGAGCCGGACCUAUAAUUAUAUUAUAACUUAGCAAGUCAAUCCAAGAAAGGCUUUUUUUAAAACCAUCAAACCAAAAAAAAACACAAAAAUCUUUUGAAGCCAGGCCAUCAAUCUUCCACAUUGGUGGCUGGUAAACACAAGAGGAUUCCUUGACCUAAAAGACUGUGAUACUCUUCUCGUGACUUCGCAAAACCUUUUAUGUCAUUUUUAUGGGCAGCCAAUUAGAGUCUAGUUACAAUUUCUCGCCUUUUUGGUUGGCUGUAAUACUAUUCAAAGUGUUAGACAUACUGACUAGUAAAAGUUAUUUUUUGUUGGUAAAGGGCAACAGGAUAGUACAGCUAAGAAAACUUUUGAGACAGAACAAUUAAAAAAGCUUCCAAACUGUGAAAAAAGUUGUAGCAAACAAGUAAUUAACUUGGGCAAUUCAGUGUAAUAUUCAUUUUAGUAUUAGAGAAAAGUGAAUUACAACAAGUAAAGUACAUUGGAGAAGAACGGAAAAGGUAAAGUACAUACAGUAGACAAAGUGAUAAACAAUAACACAACUAGUAGAAUAAUGUUACUUCCGCCUUAGUUACCAUGCGAUAAGGGUCUUGUUCUGAGUUUUUCUACUUGUAUUUUAGAACAUUAGGAUAAAGGAAACUCCCGCAACAGUAAGCACAAAGUUGUCAUAAAAAAGUUUUACCUUGUAAUAGUCUUUGUAUUUUAUCAAAGCAUAUUCGAAAGUUUUAAAAGUAUGCUUUAGUAUAUCUAAAAACAAUAAAGUAUAUUUAAUAAUGAUAAAGUAAGCGUUUACAGUGUGUCGUUUGCGGAGAUCGAGCCUGCAAUCACCAUUACUAUGGCGUGGCCGCUUGCCAUGGUUGCAAAUGUUUCUUCUGGCGUUCCGUGAAACAACAACAACAAUAUCUUUGUCGUUAUGACAAGAACUGUGACAUUAGCCCAAGUAAGUUUUUGUAUCAAGCGAGCUUAUAUACUGCCUUAUCAGUUCAUUAUAAGUUUAAAUUAUAAACUAAACUGACGCUUUCUGGUUGACUAGGUAGUGAUAGUACUAACAAAAAUCUUGUGCCAUUUCUGAUACAAUACCGUCGUUAAACACUAAGAUAUUAAUCUACAUGUUCUCUAAAACACCAAGUAAUUCAUCUUCCUUCAGACCAGAGAAAUGCUUGUCGCUACUGUCGCUUCCAGCGUUGCAUCUCGGUUGGAAUGCAACCUGAUGCUGUGCGAAUGCAGAGCACUCGUACUGAGAAACGUGCUGCUUCUUCCACUACUGGACCGCAACCCGUAGUCAGCAGUACCAUCUUGGACUCGACUACCGGACCAUCUUCGACUGAGAGCUUCGAAAUGAAGCCGUUUACUGAGGUAAGUUAAGUUUAUAGUAUUAUAAUUGAGGUUAUAUUGAUCACAUUUUACAAAUAAACUAUAAUAUUGUAGUUGUUGUAUGUUUUUCAUAGAUAUUGCUUGAUCUAAUGAUAUUGUGUUGGUAAAAUACGAAGAGUAACAAAAUUUUUUCAGACCAUUGAAGCCAAACAAGCUUGUGAAGACAACGAAAAGCUAGUCCUAGCCAUACUUGAACUGGAACGUCGUGUCAACGAGGUCGCUGACUUCAGUGAAAACGAAACUCCGUACGAGUUGUGUAGCCUCGACGAGAUCUUCUAUCGACCUGACAUCCUGGAACGUUAUCGUACCAGCGUGACGUACUGUGUGCGCCUUCAUCGUGCUACGACUGAAGAGUUGGAGUUCUGCAAGUAUCGCACCUUAACCAAAGCUUUCGACAUGGUGUACUCGCUGGAGCAGCUGGGCAUGAACCCCAUUUCCAUCGAAGACAAGAUCACUUUGCUACGACAUGUGUACGGUCAGCUGACUGUGUUUGAUAUCGCUUAUGGCACGGUUCAGGCUACCAAAGACCAGAGUCUGCUCUGUCUUCCGACCGGAAUCACGUUGUCGACAAACGAACAGAUCCAGGACAACUCCUUCAUCAAUCAGAGUCUGAUUUCGCAAAUCGCUAGCGUCUUGGUGACCGCGCUGACAAAGGCCGAUCUGUCCGAGGAAGAGGCCGCUCUUCUAAAGACCAUCAUCAUUGUCAACGACGGUGUGCAAGGCCUCAGCGUGAAUGGCGUCGAAGCCAUCGGAUCGUUGAGAAGCCGGCUUCAUUCAGCUCUACAUCAGGUGUGCUCCGUUGGACGAGCAGCUUCAACCGCGACACAACGCUUCGCCGGAAAUCUGCACAUUUUGUCGAAGCUGGUGAUGCUGAGUCACGACUUGAUUGAACAGUUCCGCGUCCGCUUCACGUUCCAGAAGUUUGAACGUGACCGGUCAAGCACCCAGCUGUUCUACGAGUUGUUCGGCGAUCUCUUUCAUCAGACCCGGGAGAACAGCAGCAUCAUCGAGAACAUACACUCGAUGGCCUUGUCUAAGGCGCGGAACAGGUCAGUUGACGAGAGUGAGGACAUGUCUGACUGAUAUUGUAAUUAAGACUAGAAUGAAUUUAGGACAAAAUUAAUAUUAAGACUAGAAUAAUAUUGUGUUUAAGAUAAGGUUAAGGUAGUAUUAUAAUUGAGACUAAGUUAACGUAGUUCUUUGAGCAGUGAACAUAGGUUCGAACAAAGUUGAAGAACACAAUUUCGAAUGACAUUUAUUAUAUUUUCAGUGCUUUUUUUAACAUUAGGCUUAUGUAGUGAUUGAAAAUAAGCACAUAUAGGUCAGAAAUAAAAAAUAAGCUAGGUAAGCCGUAAAUGGGCCAAGUUUAUUUUUAAGCCCAGCCCGUCUCUCGCCUUCAAUUAUACUAGAAGUUCAGUUACGUUAAUAUAGGCAUACAAAUGAAAAAAAAAUAUGCAGGCGAUAAUUGUAGUGCAGUUAUAUUAUUUCUGGUCAUAUUAUGUUAGUUCAGUACUCUAUUUAAACGUAAUUUGUGUUCUUUUGUUUUUAAGAAAGAUUAACAGGCUUGAAUGACAUUGUACUGAAGGAAAAAGCCUUUAAAACUUUUUUCAAUAUAUUUUUCUUACUGUACAUGUUACAGUAACAAAAAUGAAUAUUAAAUACUAAACUGUAGUGUCAGUCCUUUUCGAAAGCCUUAAAGCUGGUAAAGCGCUUCUUUUUCGUUGUAAUUGUAAUAGUUUUGUACUCGUUCAACCAAUGUUAAUAUUAAUUUUGUCCUUUUGUUUUGGCAAUAAAUUAUUUUUAUCAUUUGUUUGGACCAUUUGUUUCUGCACCACAAUUGUGAGACCCUUACUUUGCCUUGAGGAGUUUUUUUAAAGUUUACGAAACUUUUAGGGUUUUGACUUAUAUUUCACUACAACUAGAGUAACUAGCACAUUACCUUUAAGAUUUUAAGCUCAAACAUAGAAACAGACUAUAGACUACUAUAAUAUUCUGUUUUUAAUCAAUUUUUCUUAAAAAUAUGCUAUUUUCAACUUAAAAUAACAAUUUAAAUUUCAGCCCAGGCACUGUCGUGACCGGAUGA